GCCUCUUUGCCUGUACCGUCGCCACGGAAAGAGAAAACACCGCAGCUACUAUGAAAUUAACUAUGACCUUUGGUGUUAUCUGAUUGGCCCAAAACUGCAGUGUGUCCACUCCCACAAGGCUUAGGGGCGGUAAUUCCCUUCUCAUCAUGGAAUCGCCUCACGCGAUUGGUUAAUCGGCCCCGUCGCUUGCCACUGUUACGUCCCUCGGGAUUCCGCGGCUCUCACGGGAUGACAAUGUUACAAGGAGCUGAAGAAAGCAACAAAAGGCGUCCUCGGGAGAGUUUUAGCCAGAAUUGGUGUGGCACUCGAAGGACACUAGCGUACUAGGUGGUCAAUGCUGGAGUUUUAGUGAUACACGGAAGAGGAUAGUGUAUGUACGGCAAUAGAUACAUUUUCUCUGAGGAGCUGAUUAGCCAGUAUUACAUUUUUAUCUGUGUGGCAAUUUUUUGUGUGUCUCUCUCGAUCAUCGAUGUGCGUGUCAUCUAUCUUAUAAGAGCUUUUCAUAUCUGCUGGGGAUAUAUCUCAUCUAAAAAAAAAAAAAUCAACCAUCAUAAUCGAGUUGAUUUUUUUUGUUAAAAAAAAAAAAAUUGUAAUUUUGAAGAAAUAUAAUUUGUAAAUUUUUUUUUUGCUUGGUUGAGAAGAUAUCAAGACACGAAUGACAUUCGUAGGUAAUCGUUCAUGUUCGGCUAUCAGGAGGGUGUGACGAUCCGCAAUCCGGAAUUCCUCAUGAAAGACGAAGGACUGACCACACAACUAACCCCCGUACGAAACUGGAUGCAGCCGACAGUCGUGGAACAAGGUGUUGGGGGAAGUGUUGGACUCGGGAGAGCUCACUUCGAAAAACAGCCCCCCAGCAACCUAAGGAAAAGCAACUUCUUCCAUUUCGUGCUAGCUUUGUAUGACAGGCAAGGACAGCCCGUGGAAGUGGAGAGAACUGCAUUUAUAGAUUUUAUAGAAAAAGAUACGGAGUCGGAUUCACAGAAAACUAAUAAUGGAAUACAUUACAGGAUUCAGCUUCUGUUUGCAAAUGGGGUCAGGCAAGAACAAGAUAUUUUCGUUCGGCUUAUUGACUCGGUCACAAAACAGGCCAUCAUUUACGAAGGGCAGGAUAAAAACCCGGAAAUGUGCCGAGUUCUUCUAACACACGAAGUCAUGUGCAGUCGGUGUUGUGAUAAGAAAAGUUGUGGAAACAGAAACGAAACUCCAUCGGAUCCAGUUAUCAUUGACAGAUUUUUCUUGAAAUUCUUCAUGAAAUGCAACCAGAACUGUUUGAAAAAUGCUGGAAAUCCCAGAGAUAUGCGACGUUUUCAGGUGGCUGUGUGUACGAAUGUGGCAGUGGAUGGUCCGCUGUUGACCGUCUCAGACAACAUGUUUGUCCACAACAACUCCAAGCACGGCAGGCGGGCCAGAAGACUCGAUCCCACAGAAGGAGAGUACCCCGGAAGUUAUGGUCAAAAUCCACAUCUAUUUUGGGGAAAACCAGAGUUAUGUCCCCGCCUUGACAACGGACGUUUUCUAUUUCCAGCUACGCCGUGCAUUAAAGCCAUAUGUCCGAGUGAAGGUUGGACCACAGGGGGCACCACCGUCAUCAUAAUAGGAGAUAACUUCUUUGAUGGCUUGCAAGUGGUGUUCGGGACAAUGCUUGUCUGGAGUGAGCUUCUGACGUCACACGCUAUACGGGUACAGACGCCUCCCAGGCACAUCCCUGGCGUCGUCGAGGUCACACUGUCCUACAAAUCCAAACAGUUCUGCAAGGGCGCGCCAGGACGAUUUGUAUAUACCGCUCUCACCGAACCAACGAUUGAUUACGGGUUUCAGAGGUUAAUGAAGUUGGUGCCCAGACAUCCCGGAGAUCCAGAACGCCUUCCAAAAGAAAUCAUCCUUAAACGGGCAGCCGAUCUUGCCGAAGCUCUGUACAGCAUGCCGCGCAACCCGAACCAGCUGUCUCUACCGGCACCUCGGUCCCCUGCUAUGAACAAUCCGUCUCCCAUGUCGGGAUUCAACACGUAUCCAGGCCAGUUGGCGGUCAGCGUAGCGGACACCGUCAACGGUCAGUGGGAAGAAGGGUACAACCGAAGUCAGAGCUCAAGUGUCUCACCUAGGGGUUACGGCUCCAGUGGGUCCACGCCUCACAGCAGUAAUAGUGGCAGCUACGGAAGUACAGCAGGGAUGAAUGGUUACCAUGCCAGCGCAGGCGCACUUGGCAACAUGGGUCUUGAUCACUUCCUAAGAGAUGAAGCAAGUCGGUUAGGAGCAGUUGCCUCUUCACAUUCGCCUCCCAUGCAGAACAAUGUUCUACCCUCAGGAGGGUGUGCCCCCGGAAUUUUCUCCUUUUCGCCAGCAAAUAUGAUAACUGCUGUAAAACAGAAAAGUGCCUUCGCUCCAGUAAUGCACGGCAUUAGCCCGCCGCCCGUAAUACCGGGCAUUCAGUACGGCUGGGUAACACACACCUAAUACACGAAUGGGAAGCAUCGUAGGAUCACCAUUUACCAGUGUCAACCCGUUUGCACUUCCUACAUGCAACACUCAGCCCUACACCAGCUCCAUAGUGUCUCCCGCCAAAUGAACUAUACAGACAAGGACAGACAAGUAGUGAGUGCUGCGCUUUUCGGGUGGAGAGGUUUUCUUCUCUCCUCGCCUUCCUCCAUGCACCCAUCAAAAAACGAAGAAGGAGCGACUCCUAGGCAGGUUACUUUGUAAAGAUCUCAAGACUAAAUGCUCGGUGCCAAGGUUAUACAUUAAUAAUCUGCUGCAUGGCAAUGAUAAGGAACUCAUGGAUUCUUUCAAGGACGAUUCGGCUCAGUUUUGUUUUUAGAUGAAAACAAAACCCACCCUGGUGGUGAAAAAAACAAAAAAAAUAAUGGCAAACGCAGAUUUGAUGACUUGUGUGGUGAGGAGCUAUUUGAGGAUGCAGGGUUUUUAAAAAAAAUAAAUGUUUUUUUGUUUUUUCUUAAAUCGACUGUAAGAACUAAGGUUGGAAGAGAAACGUUCCAGCGUGUGACAUUGAAGUGUAGAGAUGCGUAUGUGUCUUCAUCACCUUUGUGUUCUACUUAUAAAGAGAAGGCUAAACAAACAAGAAACAUAAUCUUAGUGUGUUCAGUUUUUUUAUUGAUCAAUGCAGAACCAUGAUCUGUUUGUGGUGUACGAAGAUGACCAUGACUUUUGUCUUCAUACUUUCAUACAUAAAGAACAUGUUUCGUUUGAACAAUGGUGAUUUUAUCACAAAGAGAAUGGUGAUUUCAUCACAAAGAGAAUGGUGAUUCCAUCACAAAGAGAAUGGUGAUUUCAUCACAAAGAGAAUGGUGAUAUCACACAAAGAGUACAUUGCUGGGAUUCGAACUCGUUGUGCACACACACGCACACAUGCUGGGCUUUACUCAUUGAUAUAUCGACGUUUUCGACG